AUGGGUAGAGUGAAAUCAGAGCAACCCGCCGGCAGAAACGGCCAAGCCAACGGCCAAGCCAACGGCCGAGACCAGCGCAAUCGCGGUGGCCGUGGACGCGGACGUGUCCAGCAGAGUCGAAUGCAUCGCACUCCCGCCCCCUGGUCGGCUCGUGACUAUUACGCCCUCGGACGUCUUCACUCCCCAAUUCCUGCCCCCGCCUCCGCCUCCGCCCCCGCCCCCGAGGCCUGGGUCUCUCUGGGAGACCUCGACAGAAACCUCCAGAAGUGGAUGAGAGAGGGGCAGCCGGGCGAGACGCUGUCCAGAUGGGGCCUGGGACCUGGCGAGUAUGACAUUCUCGAGGACCGCGUCCUCGCGGAUAUUGUGGCCAAGUGGCCCGACGCGACUGUGGCUCUGCUCUACGACAAGGCGCAGGAGGCUAGAGAGCAUGUCUACCGCCACUUUGCGGGCCAGGGCAAAGUCCGCAUCAGUCUCGAGGCGAGCGACUGGCUCAAGCUUGAGGGCUUGUGGAAGCUUAUGGACAAGGCCCUUGGUCACGAGGAGCGCAAUUACCCGUUCAACUACACUUACGAUCAGAUCCGCUUCUUUGACCGCGGUACGAUGGACAAGCAGUAUGCCUUCUACUUCAAAAAGUACGAGCACGAGCGUGCUCCCGCACAAGACGUCGCUCCGGCUGCCGCCGCUGCCGCUGCCCCGAUCGUCGGCCGUCCGAUGUCGUCGGUUCCUCCUGCCGCCGCUGGUACUUACCUCAUCCGAGAGCAGGCGCACAUGCCGACGGCCUGGAUGGCGGCGCCUGGUGGUCCGCCUCCCACUGCCCAGGGUGGUGGUUUCUGUACCGGCAACCACGUUCCUGGAUCCUUUGUCCCGAUGCCUUCGCAGGGAGCCUGUAUGAUGGGAGGAGGAGGAGGAAUGGGCCAGCCGGUCGUCCACGGAGGCACCGCGGGCCACUUCUAUCCUGCGCCUCAGCAUCACCACCAUCAUCCUGGACCGCAGCCGGGGCCUGGCAUGGGCUAUUACUAA